AUGUACUUGGAGUUUGCGAUACAAAUGGUGAUUUCGUGUUUAUUUUAUCUGGGUGAGAAUGAUCGACCGCUUAUUCCAGAAUUCUUAGAGAUGCAAUAUCAAGAUAUAAGGGAUGAAGAGGGUUUCUUGGUCCCAUAUAAGGGAGAGAGAUAUCAUCUUUCAGAGUGGCGUGGAAGAGGUAAUGCACCAACAACAGCUCGAGACUUCUUCAACAUGAAACAUUCGUCAACACAGAAUGUUAUCGAAAAAGCAUUUGGGUUGUUGAAGGGUCGCUGGGCAAUUUUAAGAGGAAAGUCAUACUACCCAGUCGAUGUACAAUGUCGAACAAUCAUGGUGUGUUGUCUGCUACACAAUCUUAUCAAUAGAGAGAUGACUAACAGUGAAAUAACCGAUAAUUUGGAUGAGGAUGAUUCAACGUACACUACAACUGGAGGUGACGAGAUUAAUUACAUUGAGGCUUCAAACGAAUGGAGUGAAUGGAGGGAUCAAUUGGCUCAUACGAUGUUCAGUGAUUGGGAGUUACGUGACUAG